GUGCAGACACAUCAGUGCAUAACUGCCUAGUUGUACAUAGUCAGUUAGUCAGUGUGUAUGACUUAGGUCCUAAGUCAUUCAGUCAGCAUGCAGAGCAACAUCUACAGGCAGCAGAAUGAGCACUUUGAAGUCUUUACUACUGUCCUCUCCCCACAAGUUCACCGUGGACGAUGCCAAUUCAGACAGGCAGAGGUUGACCAGAUGAUGGUAAAGCGCAGCUACAAGCCCCACUGGCCAGAUGAGCUGGCGCUGACCCGGGGGGAGUUCAUCCUGGUUCUGUGUAAAGAUGAUGAGGCCCGGUGGUUUGGGCGGCUGCAAAACGGACAGCAGGGAUACUUCCCGGCCUCGCAUGUUGUGGAGCUGAGCCACCAGGACGAUGAGCCAGCUAAAGACGUCCACCGCUUAGCGAGACGGGGUUCAGCUCCGGCCACGUAUGCAGGUGGUACUGGCGCACUCAGGCUGCAGGCCCUCCGCAGAGCCAGCAGAGCAGCGGCAGGAGGGGGGCCUGAGGGGGCCGAGGGGGAGAGAGAGGGCCCCAUCCUGAUACUGAAGUCCCAGAUCUCUCUCCCUAACAGGCUGCCCCAGCCCUUGCCCCAACCCCAGCCACAGGCACACAGCUCCCCAAGCUUCCUCCACAGGAUCCUAUCCAAGCACCGUCGGAGGAGUGAUUGUCAUGGGUCCAGCAACACGGGCUACAUGGCCGACUAAGAUGCUACGAUGGACGGUGGUGUGUGGGGAGAGAAACAGGCACAAGAGGGGAAAGGAGGGAGGAGAGAGGAGGAGAUUGGGUAUAGCGAAAAGUGACUACAUUUUGUGCCCACCCCCAAUGGGGCCAGGUAGGGUUGCCAUAGUUACAUCACUAAUGCUAGUCUAUGACUGAACUGCUGGCUGCAUCAUUGGAGAGCUGGAGUGAGGGUAACUACUUCCCUGCCUCCUCUGUAAAGUGUUUAAGAAAUAUCAAUGGUGUACCCUAUAGACAUUUUCCGGGAUUAAGAUGUGACAUUAAGCAAGCCGUAAAUUGAAGGGUUGAAUAGCGGGAUCAGAUUUAUGACUAUAUUUUAUGAAGCUAACUGUGUUUACUUCAGCCAAAUAAUGUUCCAUGAGUCUGCUUGAGCUUUCUGUUCCAUGAGUCUGCCUGAGCUUUCUGUUCCAUGAGUCUGCCUGAGCUUUCUGUUCCAUGAGAUGCUUGAGCUUUCUGUUCCAUGAGUCUGCUUGAGCUUUCUGUUCCAUGAGUCUGCCUGAGCGUUCUGUUCCAUGAGUCUGCUUGAGCUUUCUGUUCCAUGAGUCUGCUUGAGCUUUCUGUUCCAUGAGUCUGCUUGAGCUUUCUGUUCCAUGAGUCUGCUUGAGCUUUCUGUUCCAUGAGUCUGCUUGAGCUUUCUGUUCCAUGAGUCUGCCUGAGCGUUCUGUUCCAUGAGUCUGCUUGAGCUUUCUGUUCCAUGAGUCUGCCUGAGCUUUCUGUUCCAUGAGUCUGCCUGAGCUUUCUGUUCCAUGAGUCUGCCUGAGCUUUCUGUUCCAUGAGUCUGCCUGAGCUUUCUGUUCCAUGAGUCUGCUUGAGCUUUCUGUUCCAUGUUGUCAUCCAUAUUAGGCUGUAUUCUCUGCAACUACGACGUUCCAGAGCAGCACUAAGUCAUUGAUAUAUUUCCUUUUGACUAUAAAUUGUUCAAUUUAAUUUGUGUUAAACCCAACAUCAGCCAAGAAUGUAUUUUUCAUAAAAAAUAAUCAAACCCAUACUUGCGGCUGAUAUCCCUUAAUUCUAGUUAGUAACAUAUUCCACUACAGCAUUUACCACGGAAAGACUCUUCCAUUCAACGGAGCUGAAAAAAGCCCUGCGAAGUGAGAGGAUGUGUGAUUGAGGCGUGUUGAAAGGCACUGCCAAAGGAAAUGGCAUCAUUAUUGUGAAGGUUGCCAAGGCAAUGGUAAAACAGCUCUCUCUCUCUGGGCUCCACACAGUCUUCAGUGGUACCUCCCAGCAUGGCCACGACUGGAGUACACUGUAGAAUGUAUCCUUUGAAAGGGCAACGCUGUGGAAUGUAUCCUUUGGAAGGACUAAAGCUCCAACUCUCUAAUCCUAAUCCUAACCUUGACCUCUAUUAGAUUUAGACACCACAUCCACCAGCCCAGUGAUGUGUCCAUUGAUAAACUUAGAUCAGAUCUAUUCUAACAAGGACCAUAUCCCCGCCUGAUAUGUGGGAUUAUGGCGCUAGCAAGCAGUAAUGCGAACUACGGGGAAUGCUGGUUAAAAAGGUAAGCUUUUUAUUUUUUAAACACCAAACCCAAAAGCCGUCCUGUAAUUUAUGACAAGUUGCAUGGUCAGUCUGAACCUCUGUGUUGUUGAGAUGGAAGCAGAAAUAGUGUCUGAACAGUUUUCCAACAUCUUGGUGUUCCCUCUCACAUCUUCCUGAUUUCUUAGUAUGUGAUAUAGGAUGUUUGAUGCUGGAGUCCUGGCCGCCACAGCCAUCUGCUGAGAAAGGCUUAGCGCCUCUGAGAGAGGAGCAGCUUUCCCCCUCUGACUGGCCUCUCCUCUCUCUACUCUCCUUCAUCCAUUCAUUCAUUCAAUCAGUGCUUUAAUUAUCUCUAAUCCAGGGUCACACUCUGCCUCUCUCUAACUCCUGGAAUAAAGCCUUGCUAUGUGGAUUAUUGUGGUUGACAUCCAGUGGGGACAGUGACAGCUACACACAGAGUGACAGAGGCCCUACUCUCAUAGAGGUUAGAGGCCCAGAGGGCUGGUGUGUGUGUAGAGGGGGGGGGGGGUUCACCUGCCUGACACCUGUUAUUUCCCCUCCUCACCUGUGGAGCAGCAGAUGCUAUGCAGGAGAGUUCUGAGCCCUGCCCCACCCCCAGUGAACACAGUCUGUACCCCUCAUACACUGUCUUCCAUGCCCAUUCAACCAGGAAACCUUGACUAAAAACACACACACACACACGUUACACCUCAGAUACACCCAGAAAGAAACGCAAACCACACAGUCCAAUGUAUUGUAUCACCCCUCAUUGUGAAUCUGUUGUUUGUUGCUAAAAGUGUAGUCAGGCAGCAGGCUCCUCUAGUAUACCAGUUAGGUACCACUGUUCAUUAGUGAGCCUGUUUAACCUCACAGCACUAACAUACACAGGAGAACUGGAGACCUAGGACCUAUUUACAGCAGAAAGGGACCAAAACACACACACACACAAUUUGGUUUUCCCGCCUAAAGUGUCUCAUCCCCUCAGUGGUGCUGUGUGUUCAGCAGGACACCAACAGGGUGCCUGCCAGAUGACUGCCCUGUCAGUGCUAUAAUGGCUGCCAUCUGCUGUCUGGCAUACACAAAGGCUGGCAGUGGCAGUGUGUGUGUGUGUGUGUGUGUGUGUGUGUGUGUGUGUGUGUGUGUGUGUGUGUGUGUGUGUGUGUGUGUGUGUGUGUGUGUGUGUGUGUGUGUGUGUGUG